AUGAAGAAUUGCCAUAAAAUAUUUUGGCUCUAUUGUUCAUCUCGACGAAUACCAUGGCAAAAGCAAGUUACUCUUCCUCUGGUAUCACAUAUUUUCUUGGUUAUUAUUAUUUUCGUUGGUUCACGUACGUUUGUAAUGAAAUCAAGUCAUCCAGAAAUCAACAAAGACAACAACUCCAUUCAAAGACUAUUUUCCCGGAUAAUACCAUCAAAUAGUUUUGACUUGUUUUGGACGGUAUGGAAUUUAGACGAAGCAGCACUUCGUGAGCGUCGCUUAAUUGUCAUAGAUUCAAUCUUUAUUCAUCAUCCUCAAGCAACUGUCAUCAUGCUUUCAUCAACUCUCAACCGUAUAAAUUUAUUUGCAUCAUAUCGUUCCCGUGGUUAUCAAAUAUAUUGUGUUCAUAUCUCUCCUGAACGAUUGAUUCAAUGGAAAUGGUAUUUAAGUUUUCGAUCAAAAAAGUUUCUAACCCAUUUAAAUGCACCAUCAAAUACUAAUUCUUAUUUACAUAUGAAUGAUUAUGUCAAAGUUAUGUCUUUGUAUCUCUACGGUGGAACCUUUAUUGAUAUGGAUGUAAUUAUUUUACAACCAUUACCUGCGUAUGAAUUUAUUGGAUUAGAUCGAUUAGAUUCUGGUAACAAUUGCUCAUGGUGUUUGAAAAAUAGAUCAGGUCUCUAUAUGGCAACUAGUUUAAUGCGUUUUCGUUGUCAUCACACAUUGCUUCGUCAGAUUAUUUUAACUACGUUUAAUGUUCAAGUUUAUAAUGCAUAUUGUUUGGAUUGUACUGGAGCAAAAGCAUUUACAGAAAAUUUUAAUCGCUAUCAAGGUCAGAAUGGCAGUGGAUUGGCUAACUUUAAAAUACUUGAGCCAUAUCGUCUGUAUCCAUUUAUGUCGAAAGAAACAUCAGCAAUAUUUCAUAGCAUGCAAAACGAUUUAUCAUUACUAUCAGCUGAUUUGAUGAAGAAAAGUUAUGCACUUCCUUUUUUUGGUCAUAUCAGUGAUAAAUUUAUUAUAAAAAAUGAUUCUUUGAUGGGUAGUCUUAACAAUCAGUUGAAUCUUGGUAUUAUUCGACCAAAGAGUUCGUUUCAAGGCCAAACGAAUACAAGGACACGUUUGAUUCAUCGUCCGGUUUAUAUUUUUACUAAUCGAAAUCAAGGUCGAUUUCAUGGUCAUGAUGCUGUUUACUUAAAAUUAGAUUCCACAUUAGCUAGGAAAAAUAUUAAAUGGAAUCUCAAUAUUCAUGUAUCUCGUGGAAUGAUCAUUUAUUCAGAUAGAACUUCACUGGCGAAUCUUGGUCAAGCUCAAGUUAAUACAAUAUUAAACAAACUAGUAUAUAAACCAAAUGAAUCGACAUCUCUUGAUACAUUGUGUAUUCUUCUAAAAAGUGGUAAAAUAUCUAUCAAUUCUUCAUUGACUAUUCUUGUUUUUUCCAAAUGGGUUACAUUUCUCUUAAACACUAUUGAAACAAAUGGUAAUCAUACUGUAAUAGAAAGAAUGGUUACCAAUGUUGAAAAAUACUUUCCAAAUACAACUAUUCACAUUGCUAGUGAUUUAAAUCGUCUCUCUGGUGGUAAUUAUGAGUCUCUCUACUUAGAUUCGUCGAAUGCUGUUAAAAGAUACCGUUUAAGCAAAAAUGUAUUUAUUUUUAAUAUUCCAGAAGAAAAUAUACCGUCUACUUUUCAUGAUUAUUUCAUAAAUACAGUACCUACACCAUUCUUUUUGCUUGUGAAUGAUAAUUUCACAUUUGAAGAGUAUUCGCAUAUUGAUUUAUUAUUAGAAUUAAUUUAUACUUAUGAGCAUAUUGAUAUCAUUGCUGAGGAUGAGCCCGAUAACAGACAAGCAUUGAGUGAUUAUUCGACUCUAAUUCUUCGUGGCUAUCAAGCAAACGCAUCACAAAAUGGCUAUGCUCAAAGUCAAAGACUACUUGUUCAAUUAUCCGAUGAUAAGAAGUAUUUGGAUGAAACAAAUCCAUGUAAUCAAAUUGAUUUUAUACCAAAUGUGUUCAUGGGAAGAAAACGAUCAAUGGAUUCACUUCAUUGGUAUAAUUUUUUUAAAUCUGUUUAUGAUGAAAUGUUUUUCUCGCAGCUUUAUCGUGCUAAUCGAACUAUAUAUACUUGUCGAUAUAUUUAA